UCCCACCUCCGCCUGCGUCACGUGCCUGCGCCGGCAGCGCUCCCGCUUUCCUGUCCGGUGCGGCUCCAGGUCCCUGUAUUUUGGGUCCGGACCGCUCGCCGUCCGCUCCGUCCGCCCUUAGACCUGUUGCCCAGCACCCGUGCAGUUCCCGCCUGCCGACGAUGCCCGCGGGCGUGCCCAUGUCCACUUACCUGAAAAUGUUCGCAGCCAGUCUCCUGGCCAUGUGCGCAGGGGCGGAAGUGGUGCACAGGUACUACCGACCGGACCUGACAAUACCUGAAAUUCCACCAAAGCGUGGAGAACUCAAAACAGAGCUUUUGGGACUGAAAGAAAGAAAACACAAACCUCAAGUUUCUCAACAGGAGGAACUUAAAUAACUAUGCCAAGAACUCUGUGAAUAAUAUGUCUUAAGUAUGUAUUUCUUAAUUUAUUGCAUCAAACUACUUGUCCUUAAGCACUUAGUCCAAUGCUAACUGCAAGAGGAGGUGCUCAGUGGACGUUUAGCCGAUACGUUGAAAUUUAAUUACGGUUUGAUUGAUAUUUCUUGAAAACUGCCAAAGCACAUAUCAUCAAACUAUUUCAUGAAUAUGGUUUGGAAGAUGUUUAGUCUUGAAUAUAAUGCGAAAUAGAAUAUUUGUAAGUCUACUAUAUGGGUUGUCUUUAUUUCAUAUAAAUUAAGAAAUUAUUUAAAACUAUGAACUAGUUUCAUUAAUUGAAUUUGCUAAGUGGAGUUAUUUCUCAUUGCUAAACUGAUAUUUUCAAAUUCUAGGUCUCUGCUAACUUUAGUAAAUGAACACCAAGGUGGUGAGCUUUGAUAAUGCAUUUUGUGGAUACAAAAUCAUCACCUCAUCACUUUCUAGAAUGAAAGGCUGGGGGCAUUGCUUACCUUUUGUGUGAAGAAAAGACCUGUCCCUUAGAGCCAGUUUUUGCUUAAGGGGAGGACAGACCGUCACUCAGUGGACCACAUGAAUGAAUGGAUGCAGUGCAUGCUUUAGAAGCACUGCAUACCUUCCUUUUACAGGUACAGAGUAAGUGGUCUGGCUACUGAGGGAAAGUCAUGAUUUGAAUCCGAGUCUCCUGUAAGACAAUGACUUCAUGAAGAUGAAAAAUCAGUUUUAUGGUUAUUAAAGUAAAAAUUUACCUUGGGUAAAAA